ACUAAACCAUAUCUUUCACAUUCCCCCAGGUUUCAUCACAUCAACCCAGUGGGCCAGGACUAUGGAAGAGAUCCUAGACCUGUCUAUCCCCUGGAGAACCUUGAAGACUAAGAUGUGCAGGAUGAAUGAGAAUGGGUUGAUUGAAUACGAUUCUUGCCUUGAGAUGGAGCUGCAAUACAGUGGUGAGAAAGGAGGUCCUAGUGUUACAGAGACUCUGUACAGGAACAAGAAUGCCUUGGAGACUAUCUUCAGGGUCAUGGAUAAAGACCAUUCAGGUUGUAUCAGCAUGGAAGAGUUCCAGGAUGCCUGUCAGCUUCUGAGUAAACACAUCGGUAGCAACAUCCCUCCAGAGACUGUCAAGGACAUGGCUCAAUCUAUAGAUAUCAACAAGGAUGGUAACAUUGAUUUCAAUGAGUUCCUUGAGGCAUUCCGUCUUGUUGAUACCCAGGACAUCAAGCUGGAUGGACAGACCUCCAUGCAGAACUCACCAGCUCAUGUAGCGAAUGGAGAGAACAAUAAAGUUUAGACCUUGGGUUGACUUAGAACUUCAGGAACACCUUAACGCAGAACUCACCAAGUUCCUGUAACUAUUGGGAAGGGUGUAAUCUUUAGACCUUAAGUUGACACAGAAUCGCAGGAACUGCUCGAUGUAUAAUUCACAGGAUCCUGGAGAGAACUAUUAUCAGCUGUAGGCCUUUUGUCUGCAUGGUGGACACUGAAUUGGAGAACCAUUUCAAUGCCAAAGACAAAGACUUAUGUGAAGCCAUUGGAGACUGAUCAACUUAAGGCAUUUAGUAACAUCAAUGGAAGCACCAGCAACUUGUUCAACGCAGAAUCUACUGGUUAAUGCAGUUAAAAGAGAGGGUGAUGAAGUUUAAUCCUACAGACUCCCUGUCUACCGGUAGUCAACAGCCAUGGUUAUAGAGCAACAGGGCACUUGCAUGACAGUUCCUUUAAUACACCAGAUAACAGACCAUAUCUUUUUUGUCUAGUUGUUACUGCUGUCUUUUUAUCACCUAUAAUGUAUAUAGACAAAGAAAUAAACAUGUAGAGUUUUACUUUAUAUAGAUAUUAAUAAUACAGUUUCGUAUGUUUUGGCAUAGCCUUUCUGCUUGAAAUCUCAGUAUUCAGUCGAAAAUAAUGCACCGCUCUUGACCAUUAUCUGUUGAAGGUUAAAGGUCAUAGGUCAUCUUAGACAACUCUGAAGUUCCUUCAAGUUACUGCAGUAAUUUCUUUCUUCUUCUUUAGUGCAGCUGUGUGCUAUUUGUAUUUAUGGGGAUUUUUGUAUUAUUAUUUUUUUAAUUAAUUUUAAUAAAUCUUAUUCAGAUACCAAAUUUAUGGGAAUAGAUGUGUGGAUACUUAUUAUUGAAAAAACUACAAGAAAAAAAAAAAAACAAGGAACGCUUGUUAACUUGUUGGAAAUGUUUUUUUAUUUCAAAUGGGUAUGAUGUUGAGUUGAUUUGGUUUUCUAUUCAAUCCGAUGAUAGGUACGGCAUUGUGUAUUGAUUGACUAAAUUUUAAACACAAUGCUAGUAGGUCGUUUUCAAGGAAAUAAUAGCAGAUCAAUAAUGAGGACUGAAAGAAAAUGAUUUAGUUGACUUUUGUAAGAGUAUUUAUUGCUUUCUGGGUUACAAAUGAUGCUGGUCAUGAAUAAAAUAGGGCUAGUCAUGG